AUGGGAAUCACUGAUAAACUUUGUCAAGCAUUGCAACAAAAAUCUCAAGACAUUUUGAAUGCUAUGCAUCUGGUUUCUAGUACAAAGUCAUUGAUUCAACAGUUAAGAGAUAGUAGUUGGGGAGCACUUUUGGAGAAAGUUAGUUCUUUCUGCAAUGAUCAUGCUAUUCAGAUACCUGAUAUGGGUGCUUCUUUUAGUGACAUAAUUCGGUCUCGUCGUAAAAAGGAUGUUGUCACUGUUGAACACCACUAUCGUGUUGACAUUUUUACUAGCGUGAUAGAUUUUCAAUUGAAAGAGCUAAAUAGUAGAUUUAGUGAGCAAGCAACCGAGCUCCUCAUACUGAGUACAUCUCUAGAUCCUAAAGAUGCUUUCAAGUUAUUCAGUGUUUGCAACAUAUGCAAUCUUGCAAAGAAUUUCUAUUCUUUAGAUUUUUCUGAGCAAGAAAAGAUUCAAUUGGAUUAUGAGUUACAACAUUAUGAACUUGAUGUGGUUAAAGCUCCAGAUUUUCAGAAUUUGUCUACUCUUGCUGAAUUCAACAACUGA